CACCAUGCUACCUCGCGUCGUAAGCUUUCUUUUACCCUUGCCCACCAUUCAGUUGCUCACCCACAACGCACUUGUGAUAACUUUUAGAGCAAGAGCACCCUACCUCUCUCAAAGUAGGCUCGCUCGAUAAUACUCCAGACUUCUCACCACGCAACAUGCCCUCACUCUACUUGGACCAGCUCAACAUUACCGAAUCAAGGGUUCGCAGCACCGUCUCGCCCGAGCCGCAGGUGGCAUCUCCUACCGUGCAUUCGGCCACAGAAAAACCUCGAACCGCAAGACGCACUCGACAGCGUAGUAAAGAGCAACCGUCUCCAAGUUUGCCUUCUGUUAUCAAGCAACUACCAGGCCGACCGUUGCAUAAUCAGACGCUUAAGCAAGACCCUCCUCCCAAACGCGCUCUUCGUACAUCCGAAGAUCAAGAAAAGGAGUAUUGGCGCCGACAACGACGCAUAUUUGUUCGAAGUCGAUGUAUUACUCGUCAAGAAGCGCUCGACCUCGUCCAGUCGGUGUAUCGUCGUUCCACCAUUUCCGACCAUGAUCCCUUGAUUCUCCGGUGUCAAUCCAACAUGUCCAGUUUUCGAUCAAAGUGGCGCACCAUAAUUAAACAGAUGAUCAACAGCCGCGAAUGGCUAGCCUUGCGCCGAAAACCUUCCUCUAUUGCAAGUAAAAUCGAUCGAUCUGUAUUGGAAACCAUCUGGGGUCCGUGGAUAUGUGCACCUUACGUGAAAAAGGAGGCUUUCUACAAAAACACCAAAGCAGUCAAGGUAUUGACCGAGGCAACUGCAAAAGCCAUCGAGAUCGCGCUACGAUAUCACGGAGCAACGAACGAGUUGAACUUUCGAAAAGAAAUGGAUAGUCUGGAUCCUAUUACACGCAACCUGCCGCUUCCAGAUCCACUGCUUUAAUUAUUUCCACUUGCCGUGAUGUACGCUUUGUUUAUUGAAGAAAGAAGGCCAUGGGUGUCAUGACAAAUCUUUUUUGCAUUGAUCCAUGUCGCCAAUACUGUAGAUACUCGUGACACUUUUCCACAGAAUUGUACAUACAUAUUAUCCAACCUCAUGAUACGUAAUCAUUCUCGAUUUUACAUACACCCGAUAUUCUGUCACAUGUCUGGAACCAUGUC